GUAGAAAGAAAUGUCUCCAGCACCGACCACCACAACGAGCUCAGCAGGAAACAUUCAUGAUCCUACGAGCCCUGCAUACAAGAAGGCAAAAAAGCAACAUAUCAAAACUACGAGAAACAGGGAUAAAGAAAUCGAUCUCGACUGGACACCCUUCAGAGCAGCAGAAAAGAAAUACAAGGCUAAAUUUCCUCCGCCUGAUCUAACCGAUGUGCUUGAUCUCGGUUUACUUGACGAGAAGCGAGAAGACGAGAUAACUCAAGGAGGUUGGCGUGGCAAGUCAGAUGCUGUGGAAGUGGAGGAAGUCCCAAUGGGAAAAGCUGCGAUUAGGGCUUUCGUGAUUCCUCGCAUACCUGGAUUGGUUGUGCUGCCUUCCUUUGUGACUGCUCAAGAACAAAAAGACCUCGUCCGAUGGUCCCUUCGUGACCAAGCCGGGCAUCCGAAUGAUACCAAUCUUGAUGCACACUAUUUGCUCCCAGAAGAGGGUCUGUGGAAUGCUUACACUAAGUCGAAUCGAAAUCAAGGUCCAGAUACUUUAGUCCAACCCCGAAUCAUAGCUGGAUCGUCGUCUGGGUCAGAUGCUGACUUACCCGGCCCAAGGAAGCUCAUAUCCAACACGCCUGCCAAUCCCGAUAACUUCCAUAUACUCACAUCUUCACCCAAGCCACCUCCAGCGCCAUCACCUGCCGCACAACCAUCUUCCCCCGCUUUACUUAUCCCAAAACUUCGAUGGGCCAAUAUUGGCUGGUCAUAUCACUGGGGCAGCAAACAAUAUGACUUUACGAAAGGGAAAGCACCUGUUGGCGAAAAUGUUAGAAAUUUAUGCAAAAGGGCUGUAUCUGCUGUCAACUGGGAGCAGGUAUUUGGGAACCAAGAACAUGCAGAUGGAUGGGGGGACGACGAUUGGAGGACAUGGGAGGAGACUUAUGAGCCUGACGCUGGGAUUGUAAAUUUCUACCAGACAAAGGAUACUCUUAUGGCGCACGUAGAUCGAUCAGAAGUUUGCGCAACAUCACCUCUGGUGUCCAUAUCACUAGGAAAUGCUGCAAUAUUCCUAAUCGGGGGCCUUACAAGAGAUACCGCACCAAUACCCAUCCUCGUACGCUCAGGAGACGUAAUUAUUAUGUCUGGUCCCGCGUGCCGACGGGCUUAUCACGGCGUUCCCCGGAUAUUGGAUAACACACUACCCCCACAUCUGUCGCAUAUAGCAGACGAAGGCGGAGAUGAUCAUGAAGAUGGAGAUUGGGUGGAAUAUGAGAGGUACAUGCGCACGACGCGCAUCAACAUCAACGUUCGACAGGUAUUCCCGAAAGGGUUUGAUCCAGGAGUGCACCCAGCGGAGUAA